AUGUUCUCCUCUCUCGUCCGCCCUCCAUGGCGGCGGCUCACCUCUGCAACGCUCUCACCACGCCCUGCGUAUCCUGCCCGCACAUCGAGCUACUCCACCGCGUCCGGGACCCGCCCAGCAUCGCGCACCAGCCGCUACUCCCGCCGCGCGGCCUUCAUCGUCGUCGGUGCAGGUCUCGCAUACGGUCUCGACCGCGAGUUCAAUGCGUCGGCCAUCGGGAGAAAUCUGAGGACGCUGGGGACGUGCUUAACGAUCGCGGUAGACUACAAGCUUAACUUUACGCCCGAGAAGGCGGACGAGAUUCCCGCUCUCCAGGAACGCGUCGCAGAACGCGUUUAUGACCUUCUUACGUCCAACGGCGGCCUCUACAUUAAGAUCGGCCAAGCCAUUGGUAAUAACGCUGCCCUCCUUCCCAAACCCCUCCAAGAGAAGUUUGGCAAGCUCUUCGACGAUGCCCCGCAAGUGCCCUACUCCGUGGUCGACUCUGUCUUCCGCAAAGAGUUCGGGCGCGCGCCUGCGGGACCCGAUGGGGUGUUCGAGGUAUUCGAAGAGCAAGCAGCCGCGAGCGCGAGUAUCGCGCAAGUGCAUCGCGCGAAGCUGAAGACCACAGACGGCUCGGAACAGUGGGUCGCUGUCAAAAUACAGAAACCGGACGUCGGGAAGCAGGUCGAAUGGGAUCUCGGGGCAUUCCGUGCCGUCAUGUGGGUGUACGAGAACUACCUGUUUGACCUACCCGUCUAUUUCGCUGUCGACUUCAUCACGGACCACCUACGACGCGAGCUCGACUUCGAGCUCGAGGCCGAAAACGCGCGCGCCACCGCCGCAUUCGUCGCCUCCGAACCCCGCCUCGCCGACCGCGUUUACAUUCCACGCGUCUUCCCCUCCCUCUCCACCAAGAAGAUCAUGACCGCCGAGUGGAUCGACGGCGUCCGGCUGAGCGACAAGCGCGGCAUCGCGCGCCUCAUGGGCGACGACCGCGCCUCCGCCUCCUCCACAGACCCGCUCGCGGCCGACCGCUUCCCGCCGCUGCGCGGGGGGGCGAAGUGGGUGAUGCAGACGAUGAUCGACCUCUUCAGCGCGCAGAUCUUCGACUGGGGCUGGGUGCACUGCGACCCGCACCCGGGGAACGUGAUCGUGCGCCCGCACCCAGACCCGCGACGCGCUGCACGGGGCGCGGCGCAGCUCGUGCUGCUCGACCACGGGCUGUAUGUGCGCCUGCCGCGCGAGUUCCAGCAGCAGUACGCGCGGCUGUGGAAGGCGCUGCUGACGGUCGACUUUGCGGCGGUGAGCGCGGUCGCGGGCGAGUGGGGCAUAGGGGCGCCGGACCUGUUUGCGAGCGCGACGCUCAUGCGGCCGAUUCGGUUCGCAGAGCAGGCACCGUUGCCGGACUUUGAGCGGAUGAACGACUAUGAGCGCGGGGUUGCUAUGAAGGAGAAGCUGAAGAGCUUCCUGACAGACACGGACCGCAUGCCGAAGCAGCUCAUCUUCGUCGGCCGGAACAUGCGGAUUGUCCAAGGUAAUAACCAGACGUUCGGCUCGCCCGUAAACCGAAUCCGCAUCACAGGGUACUGGGCCUCCCGCUCGCUCGCGACCUCCCCUAGCCUGGGUCUCGCAGAGCGCGCGCGCGAGCUCGGCCGCCACAUCGUGUUCCUCGCGAUCAUGUUCUCCAUUGACACGGUAUUCUGGGCGACACGGGUGCGUCAGUGGUUUGCCGCGCGGUUUGGUCGCCUGCGCGGGGGCGACGGGUUCGAGGACGAGCUCGAGCGGACGAUGCGCGACUUUGCGAAGUCCAACUUCGGCGUCGACAUUCCCGAGAACGUGUUCGACGGCUGA